AAAGUGGAACCGUGGGAUACAAAGAACGAGCGAAGCAGCAACAGCAUCACUAUCAUCAGCAGUGUUGGCCGAGGAAGAGGCGACUCAGCCAGAAGUCGUCGACACCAUUCCUCUUUGUUUUCUCUCUAUUUUCUUUGGGGCGGACCCAACGAACCACACCAAUGGCGCGGACAACAAUAUGGGCCGCGGCCGUGGCGGCCGUGGCGUUCACAAGGGGGGCUCUGGCAGCGGACGUCCUGUCAACCUCAGGUUUCACAAAUUGCGAGACGGGCUCAUCAAUCGAGGUGAACAAGGUCGACAUCUCGUACGACAAGACCGCCAUGACCGUCACCUUUGACCUGUCGGGAACGAGCACCGUGGAGCAAAACGUUACGGCACAGCUCAACGUGACCGCAUAUGGCUACAGUGUCUACUCAAGCUCCUUCAACCCAUGCGAGGCGACCACAUACGUCGAGCAGCUAUGUCCUGUCCCUGCCGGCACAUUCUCAGCAAGCGGCACGCAAAGUAUCUCUUCGCAAUAUGCUAGCCAGAUUCCAGCUAUAGCGUUCACUAUUCCUGAUAUCGCGGCCUCGGCCACACUGGAGCUCAAGUCUCUGGAUACUGGCGAUGAUGUCGGCUGUAUCAGCUCUCAGAUCUCCAACGGCAAGACCACUGCCAUCUCCGCCGUCUCCUAUACCGCUGCCGCCGUUGCGGGUGUGGCGCUGGUCAUGAGCGGCUUCACGGCAGCUAGUUCGGCACUGGCCGGUGGAGGUGCGUCGACCGGCGCAGGCCCCAGUCCCAGCUUCAUCGAGGUCAUGACCUGGUUCCAGGGCAUGGCCAUGAACGGCAUGUCCUCCGUCGGCCUGCCCUCGGUCUACCGCCAGUUUUCCAAGAACUUCGCUUUCUCUGUCGGCCUCAUCAACUUCGAGAAGAUGCAGCUCGCCAUCGACGACUUUCGCCAGGCCACCGGCGGGAACACCACCGACGAUAGUGUGCAGUACUUGCAGAACGCGACCCUCGUCUUCUCGGAUGGUUCCAUGGAGACCCUCGGCAGCGACUCCAAGGUCAAGCGCGCCAUGGCCGAGUUCUACAACUUUGUUGCCAGGGAAAUCACAACCAGCGUCGACACCAACGACACCACCACCACCAACACCACCACCAGCUCGAACAGCACCAGCUCCGUUACGGAGACCGUAAACGGCAUCAAGGCCUACGUCGAGGACCUGAGCAUCCCUAACGCCAACACCUUCAUGACGGUGCUCCUCAUUGUGGCAUGUGUGAUGGCAGCCAUCAUCCUCGUCAUCCUGCUGAUCAAGGUCGUCCUCGAGGCCUGGGCCCUCUUCGGAAAGCUGCCCAAGGGCCUGACCGGUUUCCGCGAGCACUACUGGGUGACCAUGGGCCGCCUCCUCACCCAGCUCAUCAUGCUGCUCUACAGCACCUGGGUGCUCUACUGCAUGUACCAGUUCAUCCAGGGCGACUCGUGGGCUGCCAAGCUCCUGGCCGGUCUGACCCUGGCCCUUUUCACGGGCGUGCUCGCCUUCUUCGCCUACAAGGUCACCAGCACGGCCAAGAAGCUCCAGCAGGCCGACGGCGACGCCAGCGGCCUGUACGAGAAAAAGGACCUGUGGAUCAAGUACAAGGUCUUCUACGACAGCUACAAGAAGUCCUACUGGUGGCUCUUCAUCCCCGUCAUCUGCUACAUGUUCGCCAAGGGCGUCGUCAUGGCCGCCGGCGACAACCACCCCAUGGGCCAGAGCAUUGCUCAGUUCAUCGUCGAGGCCUUCAUGCUUAUCGUCCUUGUCUGGAACAGGCCCUUUGAGCGCAAGUCUGGCAACGUCCUCAACAUCAGCAUCCAGGUCGUCCGCAUCCUGUCCGUCAUCUGCAUCUUUGUCUUUGUCGACGAGCUCGGCAUCCAGGAGACCACCAAGAGCGUCGUGGGCAUCGUCCUCCUCGUCAUCCAGGCCGUUCUGACCGGUAUCCUCGCCAUCAUGAUCAUCUGGAACGCCUUCAUCUCCAUCUUCAAAGAGAACCCUCACCGCAAGCGCAGAAAGGAGAUGGAGAAAAUGCGUGACCUGGACAAUCUCACACCCCUCGACGCCCGCAACUCCCUACUCCUCGAUCGCAAGACCUCGCACCAGGACUCCGAUACCUUCUCCUUGGCCAAGACGAACCUCGAC